AUGGCGCGCUUGAGCUCACGGCCGUACCGAGAGUUACGCUCUGAAAGAGCGAGCGAACCUGCAACGUUUGGUGGAUCUGUGUUGCGAAGCGAGCUGAUGAGGCCCGAGGGUUGCGGAGUCCUGGAAACAGAGAAAGACGAAGGGCCUUCUGGUGAUGCGAUGUCAAGUUUGCAAGAGGGUCGAUCUUCGCCGAAUGCGACAUUUGUAGCUCAUUCGAAAGCGAUCGACCUAGAUCAAAGCUGCUGGCAUGGUACGUUAAAAACUGAGCACAUUCAACAUUCCGCUCCGCAUUCUUCCAAACGUGAGCCCAUCGUCCUGCGUCUGCCAAAACAGCCCCCUCCUCUCAAUUUCGUCGCGGGUUUGUCCUCGGGUCAGACGGCUCCUUCCAAGCCUGCCCAGGGGGUGCGCCCGGUGCCGGUCCGUGCCGGCAGGUCCUCUGAAGAGCAGGAGCGUUCACAUGGGGCGGCAACGACGGACCGCGCGCUCUGCCAGGCGUCGUUGUCUGCUGCGUCCGAUCGUCCGACAGAGAGCGACCGACCCGCUCGCGCGGCUGCCUCCGGGUUGCGGUCGUCCGCGCGCGGAGCCGACGUCACAAGGCGCCGCUCCGCCAGGUCGGCCAAGGACGCCGCUCGCGCCAGGAGGUCCGUCUCUCCUCUUUUUUCUGAUUCGGACAGAAGCAGAAAGCGACAUCGCGACGACCGCCCGGUUUCCGGUUCCGGCGCCGAUCGCUCGCCCCGCCGCGCCCGACACCGCGAGCCGCUCCCCUCGCUCCCCGACACGGCCCGAGAUCCCGCGCCGCCCGCCCUGCCUCCCGACGGCCGCGACCACACGCUCUGCGCGCCGAAGGACCCGCCCCCGGUUCAAUUCAACCAGUACGGGAUCCGAAGCGUGCACAACUUCAAAAUCAUCAAGAGCAUCUCCGAAGGGGCCUACGGCGUCGUUUACAAGGCCAGAGACAUGCAGACCGACGAGAUCGUCGCUUUGAAAUACGUCAAAAUCGACCCCGCUAAGUUGCCCGAAGUCGGCUUUCCCAUAUCCAGCAUCCGCGAAAUCCGCGCCCUCUCUCAGUUCAGCCACCCGCGCAUCAUCCGUCUCCGAGAAGUCGUCGCCAACACCAGCGGGACCAAGUUCUACCUCGUCUUGGACUACGUCGACUACGACCUGAACCAGCUCCUCACCCGAAUCCGCCCCAAGUUCUCGCUUGCGGGCAUCAAAUCGCUCGUGUUUCAGCUUCUCGAGGCCGUUCGUUACCUGCACCUCUCCUCCGUCACUCACCGCGACAUCAAGUCCUCCAACAUCCUGAUAAGCCAGUUCGGCCAGCUCUACCUCGCCGACUUCGGGCCUGACCAAGGAGUACUUCACCAAGGCGGCGUGCCCCUCACGCCCAACGUCGUCACCAUCGGCUACCGCGCCCCGGAGCUCGUCUUCGGCGCCAAGGACUACACGCCCUCCAUAGAUAUCUGGAGCGUCGGCUGCAUCAUGGCCGAGAUGAUCCUCGGCAGACCGCUCAUCGACGUCAAGACCGAAAUCGACCAACUCACCAGGAUGACCGAAAUUUUCGGCACGCCCAAUUCUCAGAACUACGGCAAAGGGGUCAGCGGCCUGCGAAUCCUGCAACGUCUCAACUUGAAGCCGCAGCCCCACAACAACCUGCGCUCCAUCUUUCCAGACCUCGACGCGCAGGGCUUCGACCUCCUCUCUCGGAUGCUGUGCUACAACCCGUCCCAACGGAUCACGUCCGAAGAAGCGCUCAACACAACGCGAGACAGAUGUGGUUCAAGGUUCAACCCUACCCCGACCCGCCCCAACUCACCAACUUCGAGUGCUCCUCUCCCCGCAGCCGCGUCUCCCCGCAGCUUUCCCCCCCUACCCCCCUCGCUGCGGCCAAGCCCGCCCGCGCCCCCGAGCCCCAGACCCAGCUACGACCGACACCUCCACGACCACCCCACCUCCACCAAACACCUCAAACGACUCGAUCCGCACAAAUCCGACAUCCACGACCGCCCAACCAGCUCCAGCCACCCAUCGCCCAACCACCGCAACCCCUCUCUCUGGCACCGAUCCGACCGCAACGACAAAACCAACCCGGACACCCGCACUCACCAAAAGGCAUUCAAGAGAACCACCGCACCACCGCCGCUCCGACCGCACCGCUGA